CAACCUCUCUCUCUCUCUCUCUCAGCAGCAGUUGUUCACACUCUUCACACUGUCAAAUUGCUCACCGGAAUCCAUCAAUCCGACGAGAGACCAGAAGUGAUGAUCGAAGGUUUGGCGGCUUCAUGUGUAUAAAAACGAUAUUCGUAUAGAGAUGGGAGGUCGUUGUUGCAUUCAAUCUAAGAACAGGGAGGAUAACAGGGCACCGGCAAUCUUGGAUAAUCCUGCACCCGAAGAGCAAAUGCCACCUCCAGAUCAAGCUACAGCUGAUCCCCGCGUAGAUAAUCCGCUUCCACCUUCUUAUGUGUCACCUCCCAUGCCUUUACCCUUUGAUGCAUAUGAGGUGCGCCGAGCUUCGCCUUCAGGGAAUCAAGCAGGCUCAACGGCCUUGCAGCCUUCUAGCACUCAGGCUGCUGCUGGAGAUUCUAAUGCUGAUAGAACUUUGCAGGCGAGACUAAAGCAGCCAUUGGAAUCUGACGAGGGGGGGGAAACAAAUGCUGCCCAUGAAGCAUCUUUAGAUGUAGAAGAUGAAAAUAGAAAGUCCGGCGAAUCUUCCACCCUACCAGUGUUCGAUGACGAGGAAGAUGUGUGUCCCAUCUGUUUGGAAGAAUACGAUGAGCAGAACCCGAAAAAUAUGACAGACUGCGACCACCAUUAUCAUCUUUCUUGUAUUCUUCAGUGGAAGGAAAAAAACAACACUUGUCCGGUGUGUGGUAAGGUCAAUUUUCUGCAUUCUGAAAAUGAUAAUCCGUGAAGUGUAUUGCAGGAAAGGAAAUCGUACUAUUCGCCGGCGAAGGGUAGCUACUAAAAUGCUGCAAUGGAUUACUCUGUCGACGAUGGAAGGCCGGCUAUAGAAAUAAUUGACAGGUACAUUCUUUUGGUUCAUAGAGAUUAGGAAUUUGUUGAUUCUUUCUUGUGCAUAAGUUUGCUCAGAAUUGAAUGUGGCAUGGCAAUAUAGAUCAAUUUUUGUGAUUGUUUCUAUGUUCAA